UUCGAAUCCAGGUCUCUUAUUUCAAGUCUACCCCUCCCUGCUGUCUCUAAUUCCAAGUCUACCCCUCCCUGCUGUCUCUAAUUUCAAGUUUAAACCCCUUCGCUGCCCUCUACAUGUAGCAGCCAUGGCGGUCAUCUUGCUGCUCUCGAUCUUACUGCUCAUGACGGCGCUGGGUGGUAUAAACUGCGGCUUCAUAGAUUCGGUUUCUUCUUCUUCUUCUUCUUCGUCGUCGUCAGUUUCUUCCUCGGUCUCGAAUUCUGCAUUGAUUCCUUGGUAUUAUUUGUUGUUGUGGUCAACGAUAGAAGAACGAACGGCCGGAGGUCUGCUGUCAUCAAGGCAGGUCUCCUCAGCGUGGCUCUCCGCCGAAGCUUCAGCUCAGCAGAAGGAGCGCCCACAAGGUCGCGUCAAUCGGGAUAAUUAUGGAAGGGGAAGUACGGCGGCAGAUGGCGAUCGGGAUAGUGAUUGGGAGGAGGAGGUGGCCUUGGCGGGAAGGCUGCGGGGGUUUGUCUCCUCCUCGGGGUCGGAUCGCGAUCGACCGGAUCGUGGUUGGGAUCUGGUCGACGCAACGGCGGUUGCUGCUGUUAACGAGUCGCGACGGUCUUUGUCGUGGUCGGGUUCUAGACGACGCAACUGCGGCAGCCGCUUGCGAGUGACGAAGAGGAGGAGGUACACCCGGAGCAGGAGAAGUAGGACGCGCAGCCUUUUGGAAAGUCCUUUCCAUUCGCCCCCUCCGCCCCCUCCGCCCCCUCCGCCCCCUCCGCCGCCGCCCACGCCGGCGUCGGCGUCGGCGGCGGCAGGUGGUGCAUUCAAUCUUCGACUGGUUGGGAAUGGAUCCGACGUGUUGCAGAUUGUGGAAACGAUCGUGAUCGACGGGAUGAGUGAUAGCUGGACUCUGAACGACAUAGCUCUGGUUGGCUGCAAUUCGAGUGCCAAGGGCAUUAUUUAUCUUGCGCUUGUGAAGUCCAAGACUGCAGAGGGACCACGUGUAUUGAAUCCCCAGUCGUCAUCAUCUUUCAUCGCGUCUUUGAAUGAUGAUGAUCCUAGCGACGGGCGUGACUCGCACGGCGAGUCGGUGGAUGGUAAUGGCGGCAGUGUGACCACCACUGUUCCACUCUCGUCGCUUGUGCCUGGCAUCUCCUCCUCCUCCUCCUCCUCUCCCUCGAUACUUUCGUUGUCAUCGUCGUCGUUGGCCCUUCCGCAAGCUCUUCCUCGGGAUUGGGACGCCGCCGUGGCAGACAACGACCAUCGCGACUUGCGUUCAGUUGUCGGGAUCUGUGUCUUUGGGAGGGCUCGAUGCAGCGAUGGCGGCGCUCCUGCCCACCGUGCUUUGUUCAUUGCUGACGAAGGAUGGCCUCGCUCUAUCCGAGGGGGGGCGAUUACUGAGCCGACGACUCAGCAGAGCCUAAGCCUAAGUCCCAUACCCCCUCCUUUCUCUCUUUCCGAUACACAUCUUGGAAUUGAAGAGAACGAGAUGGACGGUAGCGGCGUCUACGCAGCGAGUCCGGAUGCCGCCAUAGCCAAACCUUUCUCCUUCGUCAAACUGCGCUCUCCCACCAGCCUUGCCUACGUCGAAGCCUCCUCCGCCGCCCAUAAUGCCACCUCCCCCUUUUUGUAUAUCGGGACAUCCUGCGGCAUCUCUAGGAUCGCGCUAGGAUCCAACGGCAGCCAGUUCGUCGAAGUCUUCUUGGGCCUGGACCCUCCGAUGCUGUCGACCCACUCAACAACGGCCGACGCAAGGAGCAAGCAAAUCCAUCAAUGCGGCUAUCGAGAGAGUGCUGGCUUCGACGACCGGUCGUCGGCCAGGUUUGAUGGGGUAGUGAUAAGCUCGUACGGCCUCUCUCGUGACGGGCGAUGGCUCUAUGUGGCGGACAGCAACAACCACUGCGUUCGACGCGUUGACACGUCGGCAGGAUCGACGGAGCUCGUCGCAGGAUCACCGACCACGAAGGGGUUCCAGGACGGAUCCCCACGUGCAUGUGCCCUCUUUGACACCCCCCAUGGCCUUGCUCUCGCCCCGGACGGUCUCACUCUGUUUGUCGCCGAGAGGCGGGCCAAGAGUCUGCGGCGAAUCCUCUUCGACUCGCCCAACGGGCGGCCAGUCCAUGUCGACACCUUGUUGGUUGACGUCAACGAGAACGAUCACGGCUAUGGCACCGAGCAAGGAGGCGAUCGGACCGCGCACACGAAUCGCACCCCCGCCCCCGAGCAGGUUGACGUCAACGAAUUCCGGACGCUGGCGAUCAGCGAGGAGGGGGACACGUUGUACUUGGUGGACAGCGGCGGAGUGAUUUACAAGAUGGUGGUGGGCACCACGUCGUCAUCGUCGUCGCCGUCGUCGUCUUGGAGAUCUGAUCCUUCUUCUUCUGCUGGAUCGUCCUCGUUGACGUCAACCAACAAGGGUCUGGUCGGUCUUGACGACAGGAGCGAUGGCGCUGCUGCUGGCGCCUCGACUCCCGCCGCAACGACCAGCCCGAGCCGAAAGGCGGGGGGUAAUGAGCAAUGGUUCACGAUUCUUGUGAUUACGGCGAGCUCUCUGGUCGUUGCUAUGGCGUCGCUGCUCUGGCUUCGGUCUCGCGGCUGUUGUCGUGAGCGCGAGCCGAGAACCACCACGAGGACGCGGGGAGGUGGUGACCUUGAAGGCAUCAAGGGCCAGCGCUCGAGACACGUUGGCUGUGCCGACGGCGAUGGCGUCGGCAGUGAUGAACGUCGGAUUGAAUCGGUUAUCGCUGUUUUCGACGAUGAUGACGGCACAAGAAAUGCUGCUUCUGCGUUGAUAGCCGGCGAGGCUGUCCGUGGGAUGUCUGAUGGGAUCCCGUCUACCUCUGGCACCCCGUCCUCCUCCCCUUCCUCCUCCCUCCUUGCUGCCAUCGCCGCCGCGCCGAGCUCUCAGCCCGUCUCCUUGUCUAUAGAAGCCAUAGCCAGUGCUUGCAACGACUUCUGUCCUGACCGACUGCUCGAAGACCGAGAAGCUCUCCGUGAGGGCAAGGUCUAUCAAGGCAAGGCAUCCGACGAUUUCUAUGGCGAUCUGAGCAUCCACGUCAUCCCGUCGGAGUCCGGGUCGUUCUCCCCGCUGCAGAUCCGUCGGUUCCAGAUGGAAGUCCUUCGUCUCGGAAGGGUCAAUCACAGCAGCAUCUCCAAAGUGAUUGGUUAUUCCGCCGACCAACCAGAUCGCUUGGUGCUGGUCAGCCCCAUGAUCGCUAAAGGACGCAGCUUACGAGACGUGUUGAAUUGGCGUCAGGCUUCAUUUCACACUGCGCUGAACAAUGUCUUCAUGUCGCAGCGGCAAAAGGAGGAAACUCAAGCUCAAGGGAGGGAGAGCCGCCACGAUGGCAGCUUGUCAUCCUCGACAGGAGAGGGUGCAGCUCGAUCUGCUGCUGGAAUCGGUACGACCACCUCUCCCAAGGCCUCUGCCUCCGUUCUCUCUCCCUCCUCCUCCUCAGCAUCCCCAGCCGUCACUUCGUUUAGCCCCGCGGCUGCCGCUCAGGCUGGUGAUGUCGCAGCAGCGCCCGGCUUCCGCGCUGGUGGUGGUGGUCCCAGGCAAGCUCAUCCAUUAGACUGGCCCACCCGAGUCCUGAUCGCUAAGCAGCUGGCCAGCGCACUAAGUCAUCUUCAUCAUAACUCUAGUCCUCCCAUCAUCCAUGGAGACGUGUCGACCUAUAACGUCGACAUCGAGCUUGGAUGCACUGAUGGUUGGCGCGCAAGGACGAAGCUCGUGGGAGUCGGCCUGAGUCAGCUAAGGGCUAUAGCUCUCAACCACCGCACUGCGCAUGAGAUGUCUAUAGGUGGCACCUUUAGAUCUUGCAGCUGUUUCAAUAGCAAUGGUUACGUCGCGCCGGGGGAUUGGGACUUGGACAGAGAGCAGUUUUGCACUCGAGAGAAUGACGUGUACGCAUUCGGCGUCCUGCUCUUGGAACUGAUUACGGGAAGACCGGCGGUAUUUGGCCCGGAAGAUGUGCUAGAUUCAGGGGGAGAGAUUGUCGACACGUCGGCGAGUCAUCACUCUGAGGACGAGUUGGUGGAGGACAGGGAGAACCGGGAGGGAAGGGAGAGAGAGAAGGAGGAGGUGACUCUUGCAUCGUGGAUUAGCGACCGAGUGGAGCCGUACGAUCAUGGCUUGACUGAAGAAUGCAUACAAGAGAUGAGCGAUCGAGAUCUGUCCCUCGACCCAAGCCACUUGUCAGCUGUGGGAGACAUGAUUAUGCUGGCGCUUCAUUGCCUCCACAACGACGCAGAGAAACGACCUGCUAUGGAUGCCGUUCAUCAGCAGAUCUGGGACAUCCAGCUAUCAAUGCAGAAGAAGAAGAGAUGACGUUAACCUUAUUUCUGGACCUUCGAUUGCCAAAGUCUCUCUUCUCCUUGCGCAUUCUCCGAGUCCCUUUUCUCCUCCUCAAUUCUCCUCUGCUCACCCUUGUGCCUGGGCAAGCGAGAGAGAAGCCAUCCGCCGCCAUAGAUGAUCUCAACCAGUAUCAACAUUAUGGACAUCGAACUGACAGUGAAUCAGAAGAAGAGGGACUCCGAGGAGGGUAAUUCUCUCGAGCUCCUGGUUUCAAACCCUUCUCCUCCCUUCCCGAUUCUCCUCCCUUCUCCAUUCUUCUCUCCUCACCGUUGGGCGUGGGCGAGCGAGAGAGAAGACAUCUGGCAUUCGCUGAUCAUCAUGAUCUAAAUCAACGGCUAUCGAUUCU